UACAUGAACUGUACAAUUUGGAAUUUCAGUUGUGCAUGCGUAGUGUUGAAAGUCGUGAAGGACAUUUGCUACCAGUGGCAAGUCAAGAGGCAGAAUAUGGCAAUAUUGGGGGAAACUUGGCUGAAAUAGAUUCAUAUCGGCCUCAACAUUAUAGGAGGAGUGAACCACCAGCUGAAAUAUAUCUCCCUACAUUCGAUGACAAAAAGGGUAUGAUUGUGCUCCCCAAACCAACCGAGAAACAGCUGGCUCUGUUUUGGUCUCGUCUGGAACAACUUGGCUCAAUAACGGUGAUUGAUCUUGCAUCGGAUGACAUUGAACUGAAACACUUACUAAUAGACAGAAAUAACAGGGACCAUGCAACAAAAGGCCCCUAUGUUCUGAAAGAGGCAAACAACAAUGGAUUUGUUGACAAAACUUAUUCCAUGACACAGGAGACUUGCCGCAACAAAACCAUAACACACUUCGUGCUGUCAUCGUGGAAAGGAGUAGAUAUACCGACAGACAGGAAAUCACUGCUUGAGAUGAUAGAGGCGGUGCACACUUGGCAGCCCGAAAUGACAGACGACACACCGAUAGUGAUACUAGACAAUGGCGGCUUCCAAAAAUGCGGAAUCGUUGCUGUUUUAUUGAACGAGAUUUAUCGCAUAUUACAACAGAAUGGGCGGAUAAACAUUUUACAAUCAGUCAAGAAAAUGGUGUACGGAAAAAGCCUUCUCAUCCGCAGCAAAAUGCAGUUCAAGUUCUGCUAUGAUGUGAUGUAGGACUAUGUUCAGCAAAAAGGUGUUUAUCAGAACUAUUAAUGUUACAAUGCCAUAUAAUGUGCUGUAUUAUAUAGACUAUUUGUUACUCCGAUUAGGAACAUGUAUCAGUUUGUAACGAUUUUUGUUCGUCUGAUGUUUGCAUAAGUUGCAUUAUUAGUUUAAUAUGGGAUUUAUUAAUACUGUCUAAAUACGUGUGCAUAGACAUAUUUAAUUAAUUGA